GGCAUUAUGGCUCCACCAGUAGAAGGACGAAAGUCCAAGCCCAAAGGGCGACCCAAGAAUGACACACGCUCCUUAAAAAGAAAACGAGAUAUCGAAGACCACGAAAAGCUGCAGAAAGCCGUCGAGGAACUCGACCCCAAAGCAGAGAUCAAAGACUUCUCCGACCUCCCCCUGUCGCAGACGACCGCCUCCGGCCUCGAGGCCUCUCACUUCAAAACCCUAACCGACAUCCAAUCGAAAGCUCUACCCCUUGCACUGAAAGGAAAGGAUAUUCUCGGCGCCGCGAAGACGGGCAGUGGAAAGACGCUGGCAUUCUUGAUACCGGUGCUGGAGAAUCUAUACCGGCAGAAAUGGACCGAAUUAGAUGGACUUGGUGCGCUCAUCAUAUCGCCGACGCGAGAGCUGGCGAUCCAGAUCUUCGAAGUACUGCGGAAAAUUGGUCGGUACCAUACUUUUUCUGCAGGGUUGGUGAUUGGUGGUCGAAGUCUACAGGAAGAGAAAGAGAGGUUGGGGAGGAUGAAUAUCCUUGUUUGUACACCUGGGAGGAUGCUGCAGCAUAUGGAUCAAACUGCAGCUUUUGAGGUCGACAAUCUGCAGAUGUUGGUUCUGGAUGAGGCGGAUAGGAUUAUGGAUAUGGGGUUCCAGUCCUCGGUGGAUGCUAUCAUUGAGCACUUGCCGAAACAGAGGCAGACGAUGCUAUUCAGUGCUACGCAGACGAAAAAAGUCUCUGAUCUGGCGAGGCUGAGUCUACGGGAUCCAGAAUACGUUUCUGUUCAUGAAGCGGCUGCGAGCGCUACGCCUUCGACUCUACAGCAGUAUUACGUCGUCACACCACUUCCAGAGAAACUGGAUACAUUGUACAGCUUCAUCAAGUCCAAUUUGAAAGCUAAGAUUAUUGUUUUUAUGUCCUCUGGAAAGCAGGUACGGUUCGUGUAUGAAAGCUUUCGGCAUUUGCAACCUGGGAUACCGCUUCUCCAUCUACAUGGACGUCAAAAACAGACUGCAAGGCUAGAAAUCACGUCAAAAUUCUCAGCAUCGAAAAAUUCCUGCAUCUUUGCCACAGACGUUGUUGCAAGAGGUCUAGAUUUCCCUGCUGUGGAUUGGGUCAUUCAGUUAGAUUGCCCGGAAGACGCUGAUACGUACAUCCAUCGAGUUGGUCGGACUGCUCGUUAUGAGCGGGCUGGAAAAGCUGUUCUGUUUCUGGAUCCGAGCGAGGAAGAAGGGAUGCUUAAACGAUUGGAACACAAGAAAGUGCCAAUCCAGCGAACGAAGCCAAGAGAAAAGAAACAACAGAGCAUCAAGAAUCAGCUGCAAAAUAUGUGCUUCCAGGACCCUGAGCUCAAGUAUCUCGGUCAGAAAGCCUUCGUCAGUUAUACCCGGUCAGUGUUUGUGCAGAAGGACAAGGACGUAUUUAAGAUGACUGAAUACGACUUGGAAGGAUAUGCUGCCAGCUUGGGUCUCCCUGGAGCGCCGAAGAUCAAGUUCCAGAAAGGAGACAGUGCAAAGACCAUCAAGAAUACACCGAGAGCGGCAUUAUCAAGUGACGAAGACAGUGAUGUGGAGGCAGGGGAAAAGAAACCUAAGAAGGAGGAAGUGCGGACGAAAUAUGAUCGGAUGUUUGAACGUCGUAACCAAGAUGUUUUGUCUGGUCAUUAUUCGAAAAUGAUUGCCGAUGACGAUAUAGGCAAGGACGACGAUCAGCAGGGAGAUGCUGAUGAGGACAAUGAUUUCUUGUCUGUAAAACGGGUGUUACCUGUGGAUGACGAAAGCUCGGACGAGGAACUCCUGGCCGCUUCUGGACCUGCGCCUAAGGUCAUCCAUGGCCUUGGCAAGGAGCCACUUGUGAUAGAUUCGAAGCGAAGGGAGAAGAUGUUGAAGUCCAAGAAGAAGCUCCUGAAGCUCAAAGAGAAGGGUACGAAGCUAGUGUUUGAUGAGGAUGGCAUGCCUCAUCAAAUUUACGAACUCGAGGAUGAAGAUGCUUUCCGCAAACAAGGUCCCGCUGAGGCCCAACGAGCGAAGUUCUUAAAGGGGGAAGCUGCCAGAGUCCGUGACGCGGAUCUCGAUGACAAGCAGCUUGCCAAGCAAAAGAAGAGGGAGAAACGAGAGAAGAGGAAAGCUAGAGAAGCAGCUGAGAAGACUGGCAUUGACAACGAUGAGGCGCCCGAGCUUGUGGGGCUUGAAGAUGGUGAAGAUCCGAUGGAACUUUUGGCUUCACUUCCAUUGGCUGACGAGGAAGAAGAGAGGCCAACCAAGAGACCUAAGAAAUGGUUUGAGGACGAUUCAGAUGUUGAGAAGAAGAAAGUUUCUAAGAGGAAACAUCGUGUUAUUGAAGCAGAAGAUGAGCCAGAGACAUUGGAGGACCUCGAAGCUCUUGCAGCGGGCCUUCUGCAAUGAACCCAUUAGCUACCGUACAAUGAAAAUCUUGAUACCCCUGAGCGAG